UCUCUUUGGUUCUUUCUUUUAUUUUCGCGUUGUCUCUUCUUUCUCUCGCUUUGUUUGCCCAGAAAAUCAGAGAGAAAAAAUAAUCCUCUUUGAAAUUCAAACUGAGAGAGAAAAAAAGAGAAACUUGUCCUUAAAAACCCACGGUGUUUUCUUCAGUACUUCAACGUUGACGCUUUCUGAGGAAUCACAAAGGCACCAGCAAAAAGCUUUGUUACUCAAAGCAUUUUCGCUAUUUAUCUUUUUUUUUUGUCUUUCGAUUUUCUAUCCUUUUUUUCUCAGGACUUGGCAGUUCGGAGACUUGGCGAUCACUCUGAUUUGGCUCCUCUGAGGUGAUCUCUUCGUGGAGUUAGCGGUUAGGAUUCUUGCUUCGCGUUGAUUCCUCGUGGUUAGAUCUGAAGUGUACUAAUUACUCUUGUUUGAAUGAGAAGCCUGAGGAACUAGAAUUUUGAAUUCUUUUGGAGUUUGGAAAUAUGAUUUGAAGUUGAAGAGGGAGAGUGUGCUGUUUCUAUGCUUUGUUGUUGAAGAUGAAGAGGUCUAGAGAUGAAGUUUUCACGAGUUGUUCUCAACUCAAACGGCCUGUGGUGUCUGCCCGAGGAGAAGCGUCUGGGCAACCGCAGAUGGCAAAUGGAGGUGCUCAGAAAUUGACAACUAAUGAUGCCCUAGCAUAUCUUAAAGCAGUAAAGGAUAUAUUUCAAGAUAAGAGGGACAAGUAUGACGACUUUUUGGAGGUUAUGAAAGAUUUCAAGGCUCAAAGAAUUGAUACCGCUGGUGUCAUUGGAAGAGUGAAGGAGCUGUUUAAAGGCCAUAGAGAUCUUAUAUUGGGAUUUAACACCUUCUUGCCUAAGGGGUAUGAAAUCACACUUCCGUCAGAAGAUGAACAACCUGCUCCAAAGAAACCUGUUGAAUUUGAAGAAGCUAUAAAUUUUGUGAACAAAAUAAAGACUCGUUUUCAAGGCGACGAUCAUGUGUACAAAUCAUUUCUUGACAUAUUGAAUAUGUACAGAAAGGAAAACAAGUCUAUUACCGAGGUCUACCAGGAGGUUGCUGCUAUUUUCCAGGACCACCCUGAUCUUCUUGAUGAGUUUACACAUUUCCUUCCAGACGCUUCUGCAGCUGCCUCUACUCAUUAUGCUUCUGCUCGAAAUUCUAUUCUUCGUGAUAGGAGCUCAAUGCCAACAGUACGGCCAAUGCAUGUUGAAAAGCGAGAAAGGACCAUGGCUUCACAUGGGGAUCGUGACCCCAGUGUUGAUCGUCCUGAUCCAGACCAGGACAGAGGUUUGUUAAGGAUAGAAAAGGAGAGGAGACGUGCGGAGAAGGAAAAGGAACGCAGAGAAGAUAGAGAUAAGAGAGAACGUGAAAAGGAUGAUAGAGAUUAUGAGCAUGAUAGGGAGCGAUUUCCUCACAAACGGAAUCGUAAGGUUGAGGACUCUGGAGCUGAACCAUUGCUUGAUGCAGAUGAAAAUUUUGGUACGCGUCCUAUGUCAUCCACUUGUGAUGAUAAAAAUUCUCUGAAAAGUAUGUACAGUCAAGAGUUUGCUUUCUGCGAAAAAGUCAAAGAAAAAUUACGGAAUCCUGAUGACUAUCAGGAAUUUUUGAAGUGCUUACAUAUUUACAGCAGGGAAAUAAUUACCCGACAAGAGUUGCAGUCAUUGGUGGGCGAUUUACUGGGAAAGUAUCCAGAUCUUAUGGAGGGGUUUAAUGAAUUUUUGUUACAAUCUGAAAAAAAUGAUGGUGGAUUUCUUGCUGGUGUUAUGAAUAAAAAGUCCUUAUGGAAUGAUGGACAUGGACUGAAACAAAUGAAGGGUGAAGACAGGGAAAGAGAAAGGGAUCGAGAUAGAGACCGUUAUAGGGAUGAUGGGAUGAAAGAAAGGGACCGUGAGUUCCGAGAAAGGGAUAAAUCUACUGUGAUUGCCAACAAAGAUGUUUUAGGCUCUAAGAUGUCUCUAUAUCCCAGCAAGGAUAAGUAUUUAUCAAAACCUAUAAAUGAGCUGGACCUUUCUAACUGCGACCAGUGUACUCCUAGUUAUCGGCUCCUACCAAAAAAUUACCCAAUACCUAUAGCUAGCCAGAAAACAGAACUUGGUACUGAAGUGUUGAAUGAUCACUGGGUAUCUGUCACUUCAGGAAGUGAGGAUUACUCCUUCAAACAUAUGCGCAAAAAUCAGUAUGAAGAGAGCUUGUUUAGAUGCGAAGAUGACAGGUUUGAACUUGACAUGUUGUUAGAGUCUGUGAAUGUGACAACCAAGCGAGUAGAAGAGCUGUUAGACAAGAUCAAUAAUAAUACCAUUAAAGGAGACAGCCUAAUUCGUAUUGAAGAGCACUUAACAGCUAUAAAUCUUAGGUGUAUUGAACGAUUAUAUGGUGAUCAUGGGCUUGAUGUGAUGGAGGUUUUAAGGAAGAAUGCACCUCUAGCUUUGCCAGUGAUAUUAACACGCUUGAAGCAGAAACAGGAAGAGUGGGCAAGGUGCCGUGCUGAUUUUAGUAAAGUUUGGGCUGAAAUAUAUUCUAAGAACUAUCACAAAUCUCUUGAUCAUCGUAGCUUCUACUUUAAGCAGCAGGAUACAAAAAGCCUUAGCACCAAAGCCUUGCUCGCAGAAAUCAAAGAAAUUAGUGAAAAGAAACGCAAAGAAGAUGAUGUUCUUCUUGCUAUUGCUGCUGGCAACAGACGGCCAAUUCUACCAAACAUGGAAUUUAAGUAUUCUGAUCAAGAUAUUCAUGAAGAUUUGUAUCAGCUCAUAAAAUAUUCCUGUGGAGAAAUUUGCACAACCGAACAUGUGGAUAAAGUUAUGAAGGUUUGGACAACAUUUUUAGAACCAAUGCUUUGUGUUCCUUCACGGCCCCAGGGUGCAGAGGAUACAGAAGAUGUUGUCAAGACUAAGAAUAAUAGUGUCAAGAAUGGUACGGCAAGUGUUGUUGAAAGUGAUGGUAGCCCUGUUGUGGGUGCUACCGUCAUGAAUCAAAAGCAUAUAAAUGUUUCCAGAAAUGGGGAUGGUUGUAUGCCAGUAGAUCAGUCAACUUCUAGUAAAGCAUGGCAAUCAAAUGGUGAUAGUGGGGUUAGAGAGGAUAGGUAUCUUGAUGACCGUGUAUUACGUAAAACUGAAACUUUGGGAAAUAAUACACAACAUGGUAAAAUGAAUAAUAUUGCUUUCCCACCUAAUGAACUAUCAGGAUUUAAUAAUAAGCAAGACCAGUCUAGUGAAAGGUUAGUGAAUGCAAAUGUCUCUCCCGCAUCUGGAACGGAGCAAAGCAAUGGAAGGACAAACAUAGAUAAUUUGUCAGGACUCACUGCCACCCCAGCUAGACCUGUUAAUGCAUCUGCUGAAGGAGGACCUGAUGUUCCACCUUCAGAGGGUGGUGAUUCUGCAAGACCGGGUACAUCCACAAAUGGGGCCAUCACCGGAGGCACCAAAGUCCACCGAUACCAAGAGGAAUCAGUUCGACCCUUCAAAAGUGAAAGAGAAGAGGUGCAUAAAGGAAAGGAUGGUGGUAUGAGUCGGCCAUAUCAAGAUAGACAUGGGGACGAUGUUUGUGGUGAAACCAGAGGAGAAAACGAUGUUGAUGCUGAUGAUGAAGGUGAAGAAAGUCCUCACAGGUCAUCAGAGGACAGUGAAAAUGCAUCUGAAAAUGUUGAUGUUUCUGGCAGCGAGUCUGCUGAUGGUGAGGAGUGUUCUCGAGAAGAGCAUGAGGAUGGAGAACAUGAUAACAAGGCUGAGAGUGAAGGUGAAGCUGAAGGAAUAGCCGAUGCCCAUGACGUUGAAGGAGAUGGAAUGUCAUUGCCAUACUCUGAACGCUUUCUCCUAACUGUGAAGCCACUGGCAAAGCAUGUUCUUCCAAUGUUACAUGAGAAGGACAGGAAUUCACGAGUUUUCUAUGGAAACGAUUCCUUUUAUGUUCUUUUUAGACUUCAUCAGACAUUGUAUGAGAGGAUACAAUCAGCAAAGAUUAACUCAUCAUCUGCUGAUAGGAAAUGGAAGGCUUCGAGUGAUACAAGCUCCACGGAUCAAUAUGACAGAUUCAUGAAUGCCCUUUAUAGUUUGCUCGACGGUUCGUCUGAUAAUACAAAAUUUGAGGAUGAUUGUCGAGCUAUAAUUGGAAUUCAGUCAUAUGUCUUAUUCACAUUAGACAAGCUGAUAUAUAAACUCGUUAAACAGCUUCAAGCUGUUGCUGCUGAUGAGAUGGAUAAUAAGCUUCUACAACUACAUGCAUAUGAGAAAUCAAGAAAACCUGAAAAAUUUGUCGACAUAGUUUAUCAUGAAAAUGCCCGUGUUCUUCUCCAUGAUGAGAACAUAUAUCGUGUUGAAUAUUCACCUGGAGCAACGAAACUGUCUAUUCAACUGAUGGACUCUGGACAUGAUAAACCUGAAGUGACUGCUGUUUCGAUGGACCCUAAUUUUUCAACCUAUCUACACAAUGACUUCCUGUCUGUCGUCCCUGAAAAAGAGAAGUCAGGGAUUUUCUUGAAGAGGAAUAAACGUAGAUAUGCUGGUAGUGAUGAAUUUUCAAGUCAGGCUAUGGAAGGACUACAGAUUAUCAAUGGUCUGGAGUGCAAGAUUGCUUGCAGUUCAUCUAAGGUCUCUUACGUUUUAGAUACUGAAGACUUUUUGUAUCGGGUGAGAAGGAAACGAAGAGUCUUGCAUCCGAGGAGUUCAGGCACCCAUGAACAGGCACAGUCUUCAAACAUUCGUUCUAGAAGACUGCAACGAUUCCGCAACAUGUUUUCCAUUACAUGAAUUGUCCAUUUUGAGGUGGACAUGUAACACUUGCCAAAUGUCAUUGGCAGAGAGGCGCAUGAAAACAGCACCCUAUACAAGAAGUUGAUCUAGGGAUGCUUAUCAGAAAUUAUUUUUGCAAAUUUUUUCUGAGCAACCUAAUAAAUCUUACAGAAUGGGGGCGCGGCAUUGAGGGGAGAUUGUUGUAUACUGUAAUCUGAUGGCUCACAAUAAUGUAUAUAAAGGUAAUUUGUGAUGUAACUAGAGGACUUUUUAUUUCAUUCAUCAAUAUUUUUGUUAUUUAGUUUUUUAUUUUCCCCUUUCACUUUAGCUGCUACAAAUAUUGAGGUUAUUGAUCAUGGAACAUUGGGUGGCUGCAAUUGGCCUGCCGUUUCAAAUACAAGGCGUAGACUGAGAGUCUGCCCACAACAUCCUUUUUCUUUUUGUUUCUCUUUUGGUAUGAUUUUAGCAUGGACAGUAAAAUGAGGAGAAUGUAGCAUACUGAGGCUAUUUUUGCUUGUCUUGAAA